UCAUUUCAUCAAGGCCCUAUAUACCAUUUCAUCUCGUGCCGCGAUUGCUGAGGAGCACUUAGCCACCUUGCUAGAGGACAUAUUGUUAUUAGCAAGCAAUUUACUAGAGGACUGCAAGUUAACUUGGCCAGUAGCUACUGCUGGCAGCUCUAACUGACUCCAGCUCGGACUGACUCCUGGCUCUGAGGCUCAGUAAAUUACCCUUCCAUCACCAUCACCGACUGACGGCGGCGAUGGCAGCCGCGCGCUGCAUCCGUCUGGCGUCCGGCCUCUCCGGUCUGCCGGGCCUCUCCGGCCUCCCGAGCGUGUCGCGGCUCUCACAGCAGAGGAUGUGUCACGCCGCCGCGCUGCCCCGCCUCGAGCGCCGACCGCUGCUGCAGCGGCUCGGUCCGACCCUCGUCAAAGCCUCCUCUGUGGCGCUCUACUCUACCGGGAAGGGCGGCGAGCAGGGCAGCAAGCCCACCACCAGCUUCACGUCGGCGCCCUCGUCCGGGUCCGGUCUGGCCGACCAGAUCCUCAGCGCCAAGGUGAAGGCCGAGAGCGGCGGGGAGGACGCGGGGAAGACGCGAGGAGACGGGAAACAGAGUGACGGAGGGAAGAGUGAGGAGGAGCGGGAAGAGGAGCGGAGGAAGGAGGCGUCCUGGCGCGCCAUGAAACUGUCGUUCGGCCUGUUUGGUGUCAUGUGCGCCGGCUUCGGCGGAUGGACAAUCGCAGUAUUCGGAGCGCCACCUAAGGACCCCGAUGGGAAUGAGAUGCCGGACGAGUUUUCCGACAUGUCCAUAGUGACGCAGUACCUGGCCAGGACGUGGAAGGAAAUCAAACUCUACAACAAGAUGAUCAAGGACCCGUCUCGGGACCAGCUGCUGCCGGACCCGUUGCAGUAUCCGUACAUGCAGCCGCCCUACACCCUGGUCCUCGAGAUGACGGGCGUCCUGGUCCACCCCGACUGGACCUACAAGACCGGCUGGCGCUUCAAGAAGCGGCCCGGUAUUGACUUUUUCCUGCAGCAGGUCGGACCGCCCCUCUUCGAGGUGGUCAUCUACACUGCCGAACAGGGAUUCACGGCCUCUCCGAUCAUCGACGCGCUGGACCCGCAGGGCUACAUCAUGUACCGCCUGUUCAAGGACUCGACACGCUACCUGGACAGCCACCACGUCAAAGACCUGAACUGCCUCAACAGGGACCUCAGCAAGGUGAUCAUGGUGGACUUUAACGAGAAGUCUGUUCAGCUGAACCCGCGGAACAUCCUCAAAGUGAAGAAGUGGACCGGCAAUGACGACGACCGCAGCCUGAUCGACCUGGCGCUGCUGCUCAAAGCGGUGGCCAGCUCGGGCGUGGCGGAUGUGCGGGAAGUCAUGGACCACUACCGGCAGUUCGAUGACCCGCUGGAGGCCUUCCGUGAGAACCAGCGACGACUUCAGGAGCAAGAAGAAGCCAUGCAACGACAAAGAGAUGAGGAGGAGAGCAAAGGAGCGCUCCUCAAGAAGAGAGGAUGGACGUCAAGCCUUUUGCGACGCUAGUAGUCGCGUGCCCGAGCUUCAUUUUCAGGCUCAGGAUGUCGUACCAAGUCAGUCAUUCAUUGCUCGUUCCCGAGCUGCGACUCCGGCGGACGAGAUUGAGAAUGGCGCUACAAUCGGGUCGUAAGGUAUCGCCACUGCUCACCGUAGGUGGCGCUGGCCGCAUGGCGCCGCUCCAGUGAUAAUUCGACGACAGGCCGCCGUACUCGUGAGAGCUCCUGUCCCUUGUGACGGUGGCAUUUUGUGCUGAAUCAGUCUAUCGCCAGUGUUGAGUCUUGUUGCCGAUGUAGAGCGUCUCGCGGCGCGGCAAGUGACGGGCGACUUUUUCGUCCGUCGGACGACUUUUCUCGUCCGUCGGGCGACUUUUCUCGUCCGUCGGCCGCGGCGCCUGUGUUUGUACUGUGGCCAUUCCGUCAUGUGCUAUCGGUGCCCUCUGGAAAUACACGGCGGAAGGCAGCUACAGA